AUGGGUGGUGUCCGUUUAGAAACACUCACUUCUUUCGAUUCAUCACGGUUAUAUUUCCUGCAGUGAUUCUACUAUUGAGAGCCUCCUGUCUUCUGACUGAACGUCUGAAAUGGCAUUAAAUGGUAAAGUCGCAGUAGUGACUGGAGCAGCGGCGGGGAUAGGAAAAGCUAUAACUGAGAUCCUCCUGAAGAAUGGUGCCAAGGUAGCCCUCCUGGAUGUGAAUGAGACUGCAAGGACGAGUUUGAAGGAAACUCUGGACAAACAGUACGGAGAGGAGAGGACGUUGUUCCUGAACUGUAAUGUUGAGUCAGAGGAGCAGCUCAAAGCUGCCUUUCAGAAAACUGUGGAAAACUUCAGAGGAUUUGACAUCCUGUGCAACAAUGCUGGCAUCUUGAAUGAGACCACAUGGAAGAAAAUGGUCUCCAUAAACCUGAUGGGUGUUAUCAGCGGCACUUACCUGGCUCUGGAGCACAUGAGCAAGUUGAGUGGAGGUCGGGGAGGGGUCAUCGUCAACACCGCAUCCAUGGCAGGUCUCGGUCCUCUACUAAGCUGUCCUGUCUACACAGCCACUAAGCACGGAGUGAUCGGCUUCACUCGAGCCAUGGCGGCUGCCUCUACCGCGUCAGGUUACGGGGUCCGGUUCAACGCCUGUUGCCCAGGUUUCGUCCAAACCGACCUUUUUACCGAGAUCCCAUCCAAACUGGGACAAUUCUCCCACCUGGCUGAUGCAACUAAACAAUUAGCAGAUAAGAUGGGGAUUUUAACUGUGCCUGAGGUAGCAGAGUCCGUCCUGGAGCUGGUGACAGAUGAGACAAAGAAUGGGGAAGCCUUCAUGAUUUUCCGUCAAGGAAAGCAAUACGUGACUUUUCCUUCAUUCUCCUCAUAGCUCUGUGCAAUUACAAACCACAACAAACCUCAUACAGAAUGAGGUCUCGUAAUCCAAACUGCAGUCUUUAUCAGUGCCUCAAUGUACAAAAU